AGUUCAUCGAAGCUGAAAUAUUGGCGCAUCAGGAAGGGCUGGCUCCCAACUCGCUGGGUAGCUAGGAAAAGAGCAGUACUGCGCUGAGGCCUGGAAGCAACUGAGCACAGCGGCUCAUGCGACAAAUCGGCUGAGGUUCUCCUCAGAGUCAUGAAGAGGCUCUGGCAACGCUGGUUGGGGCUGCUCCUGCUGCUCCUGUUGCAUCUGUCACACAGCGACGCUCGGACUCAGCCUCUGAAACACAGGAGGGCAAACAGUGUUGCAGCAAAGUCAGAGCAGGGCACCAGGAGCGUCAGGCAACCCGUGGUUGCAGGCAGGGACACUGGUGCCCAAGGGUUGCGAAGAACCAGUCACUUGAGAGCCAGGAGGAGAAGGGCGCACAACGUCGGGGGAGAGCAAUUAAAACACAAUGAUGGGGGAGGGCAAUUACCGCAGAUACCUCAAGAGGGGCGCAACAGGAGGAGGCGAGCUGGAGAGAAGCUGGCGCUUCAAGCCGGAGAGGAAGGGGCCAAUCCGGCAGUGAAGGCCAAGGGGACGAAGAAGAAGAAAAAGAAGACUGCGGGCAAGAAGAAGAUGAGCAAGGAGGAGGCCAUUGCAGCCGCGCAGGAGGCACAGGCAGCAGCUGCUGCCGCUCUGGAGAAGGGUGUUUCUCAUGAGGAUGCUGCCAAGGCCGCACAGGCUUCACUUAAUGAAAAGGGCGCUACGGAGCUGACCAAGGGGGUAUUGGGCGCGGAAGAUGUGGAAAAAGCAGAGGGCCGGCCGGCCGCCUUCAAAAAGAAGGACGCUGCCACGGACGAAGCGGCCACAGAGGAGGCGGCCGGCACGGCAGAGGCGUCUACCGCACCAGCCAAGAAAAAGAAGAAGAAGAAAAAUGCUGCCACGUCAGACGCCGCAGCUCUUGCUGCAAAAGCUGACGAUGCGGCAGACGAAGGCGCUACUGACAAGAGCAUUGCGGAGCCUGAGUCUGACCUCAGUGCUGACGCAAAGCCAGCCGCAGCGGCAGAGGAGCCGGCCAAGCCGGCGCCCAAGAAGAGGAAAAAGAAGAAGGGAUCCAUGAAGAAGAAGGCGGUAGCGGGCGAGGUGUCAGACAGGCAGCUGCGUACCCUAGACUCCAAUGGCACCAUGCUGAGUCAGCAGGGCGAUGCCACUAGCUAUGACGUGGAAGAUGAUGUGGAUGAUGACGGCGAGGCUGAGGAUAAUUUCGAGGAAGAAGCAGAGGAGUUUGAGCUGAGCAUGACGGGGACAGAUGAGGCCGAGGAGACCGCCAAAGUUGCCGCUGCAUCGUCCGAAGCCGGUGCAAAGCAGAUAGGGGCCACUGCUGAGGCAGCCGGCACCCCGGACCACCCGACGGCAGCGCCUGCAAAGCCGAGUGGAGAGAGCCAAGCGCUGCCGGGUUUCACAGUGAAUUUCACGCCCCCAGAACAGCCAGUUCAGGGCAUUGAGGUGGGCGCUACAGAGCACGCGUGGCCGCAGCCGGCCGCAGCGGCUCCGGAGGCGGCCGCACCCGCGCCGGAGACAGUCGCAGCGGCCGCCGCGCCGGCGCAGCCGCCGGUGAAGGCGGCCCGGCCGUGGUUCCCGCUGCCGGAGAAGCGCGAGAUUUCGUCGGAGGUGCUGGCCAGCCUGAUCAACGCGUCGGGCGCGGCCGUGAAGCGCGAUGCGGCGCCGUUUGUUUCCAAGCUGCGCAAGCACACGAGCCCGCACCAGCCCAACGCCACUGCAGAGGGUGGCAGCGCUCACGGCCACUAUGAAGCAUCCUCAGAGGCCGGUGAUGCAGCAGAGACCCAGGGCAAGCUUGGGAAGGAUGGGAAAGAGGAUGCGGGCGGGGCGCACCCCGCGCGGAAGGAGGCGGCCAAGGCGGACGAGGAUGCCGCAGCGCUGCCGGAGGUCAAGCAGCUGCCACCCUGGUUCAAGGAGACCCCUGACGCCAAAGACCGGGCGGCCAAGGUUGGGCAGCGGCACAAGUCGCGGCAGAAGGCGUUGGGCGCUGAGGAGAAGUGGCUGCGCGCACAUCAGCACCACCUGGCGGAGGUGCGCGACGAGUACGACGUCAUCUUCUACGGCGAUGACAUCAUCGAGGCCUGGAGGGGGACGUUUGUGGGGCAGAAGUAUGGCCCCUUCAACGACAUCCCCGCCGUCUGGGACCAUUUCUUCGGCAGCAAGGGGUACAAGGCGCUGGCUGCCGGCAUCGCAGGUGAUGGGGUUGAGCAGCUGCUGUGGCGGCUGAAGAAUGGAGAGCUGCCGCCGAUUGUGCCCCCAAAGGUCAUCGUCUUAGCCUGCGGCACGAAUUCCAAGGGCAUGAGCGGGGAGUGCGCGUUGCCGGCGGCGGAGGAGGCGGCUGCGAAGAUGCGGGCGGUGCUGGAGUUUGUGCGGGGGGCGCUGCCGGCCACGCGCAUUGUAGCGCUGGCUCCGCUGCCCAAGGGUGACUACUGGCCCAACCGCUGCACGCCCGCCUUCGACAUCUUCAACGCCAACCUUCAGGCCGCAGCAAGCGAGCACCCGCAGCAUGUGUUUUACGAGGAUUACGGCACGGCGUUCCUGACCAAGCGGCCGGCGGUGGUGUGGGCGGCCAACUCCACGUCGCCGGUGCGCGAAGAGAUCAACGAGAUGUAUAUGCCCGACGCGCUGCACCCAUCGGCCCCCGGCAUGCGCCUGAUUGCCGGCAAGCUUGAGCCCCUUAUCAGCCGUCUACUUGGCGAGGCCGAGACCGCCGCGCAGAGCGCCUGAGCCGGGCACCUAAAUCAGGAGAGCGUGCAUAACAUGAAAGGCAGUGCAAGCGGGAAACCAUGCGGGAAGGGCUGUCUUGCUGUGUACACAUGAGGGCAUUGACAAUGCAAAACUUUUUCUAGUCAAUCCCAGUCCAGGAGUGAGACAGCAUCUGCGCUGGAGACUCCUCCUGGGGACUUGCACUCUGCAAAUUGAUUGCACCACGCGGUUGAUGAGCGUGGUUGAUUUGUGGACUUUGGCGGACCUUGUGCGCCAAGAGAUUAGUGUGCAAUGACAUCUGCCUGCAUGGUGGCGCUGCGCAUCUUACUUUGACAUAUGCGACCCUUGUGCGGGUGUUGAUAGAGGGGUCAUUCUUGGAUGCCUAGGGACUGGGAAGCCGUAGAGCAGGGAUUUAACUCUAUUAAGGGUUGGUGCUGGAGAGAGGAAUAGACAAGGGAUCUAGAACUGGUGCACACUGAGCAGCAUUGUCUGAGGAUAUGCAUGGUUAUAGCUAGAGCUGGGAUUGCAGCCAAGUAAAGGGCAACAGUUGCUUAAGUUCUUGCCAGGAGCUCCUAUAUAAUAAUUAUUGUAGUGGCGUGUACUAUGGGUUGCCCUCAGAAUCAGAGCUGAUCACAAUGGGGACGGCGGCCGGCAGGUGAAAAGGGUGACCAUCCCUGUUACCAGCGGUAAUGCCAAGGGGGGCCAGAUCAGGGUCAUCUGGCUCCGGCAAGACAGGGGCGGGAGAUAGGUCCUGGUGAAUCUCAAUUCCCAUGUCUGAGGCAGGGCUGCCAAUGCGAGGAGUAGGAGUGCCAGGCACUGGCAGCCCUCAUGGGAUAUACCAUGGCGUUGCGGUGGAGCUUGCAUGGACUGUCUGAAAGAUUUGAUGUCAACGCUGUCAGUUCAUCCACAAUGUAAUCACCGAUUUUGGCC